AUGAGGCUUCGCUGCUUUCUGCUGCCGCUCCUCGCCGCGCUCGCCGCCGGCAAGGCCAGCAGCGAAAGUGGGCAAUGCCCGCAGUUCAUGUAUCCACUGCUCCGCCACGCCAUGUCGUCGGCGAGGCGCGGCGCAGUUCUCGACGUGGGUGCCAACGGCUGCGAGGUGAUGGCUGCGCUCAAGGACGGCUGGCGCGUCGUGGGGGUGGCGUGCCUCGAAGCCGCAUACAACGAGCUGCGAAGCACUGCAGUCGGGGAGCACCCGAACGCGACUCUGCUGCACGUGUGCGCGAGCAGCGGCGCCAUCCGCAGCGCGCCAUCGCGAUACACUGCAGUGAUGAGCAAUGGGUCCGUGGUGCGGCUGCAGCUCGCCGAUCCAGGCGACGGCUACCUGCUGUGGCAGGCCAACACCGUGGCACCCCUGUUACCUCUCGACGAGCUUAUCCCCACGGAGGAGCGCGUCGCCGUCAUAAAGGUCGACGUGGCUGGCGCGCAGUUCCAGUACGAGGUGCUGCUCGGGCUGCUGCAGACCAUCGGCCGGGACCGACCGGUCAUCGGGUACGAGGAGGUUGGCGUCCGCCUCGAGAAGCAUGGCGACCCGAGCCACUACCUGAAGCAGCUCGGCUACGCCUGCCACCCGCACGGCGAGAACAAACACCAGCGGGUCUGCUUACACGCGGAGUCUACGUCCAGAUCGCCCUAGAGUCGCCCUAGAGCCUAGUGAAUCACUACCCGGUACUAGUGUAUGUUCCGUGUGAGUCAGGAGAGAGAGACUACUAGUUCGCCCUACGUGCACGACGAGUUCUUCAGGGGACAGGGGCAAGUAGGGUAUAAAGUAUCCGUACGCAACGAAUGGCUGGCUAUACUGCCGUAACAUUAGCGGAUUAGGAAGUCAGCGCCAUACUUGUUACUUUUACGUUUUACCUGUGUGCUGUG